AGUGGGCGAGGGGGAGGCGGAGGCGGCCCUGGGGGAGUACCUGAAGGGGGUCGGGAUGACGGGUCCGGUGUGGCUCGCCAACAGGCAGACGCUUCCUGAAGUACUGGAGGAAGAGCAGCGUGACAUGAAGGGAGCCCCGGGCGAUCUGCUGGAGGAGGGCGUGAGAACCGGUGACCUGAGCGUGGGCGGCGAUGUGGGCGUGACCCUCAGGUGCACCAUUUACACUGUGGGCGUCGGGAUGGUGCACGAGCUGUGUUCCGCCCGCACCGUGUCAGCUGCCUUGUGUGUUCAGCGGUUAUCAAGCGAGCGCCCCCUAAGCGACGUGUGCCCCCCUUCCCUCGCCGUCCCUGGGUGCUGGUGAGCGCCAGGUGGGGUCGCCGCCCCUCAGGACGUGGAGGAGACCAGUGUGACAGUUUCGGGCCUCCAGGUGUGCCAUCACCAUCACCACCAUCUGGGUUAUUCCCACUGCCACCCAGAGAGUGGCUGGGCCCAGGUGGUGUGCCCCCCUGAGCCCGCGUCGCCGCACCACCGCAAGGGUCCGAAGAGGUUCCAUCGCGGCCACCGCAGCCGCAAGGGCCAGUCCCACAAGGUGUUCGCGGCCUCUGACGACGAGGGCAGGGAGGCGCAGGGCGAGAGGCCCAGGAUUGCCAAGAAAAUUGAUCUCGGAUUUUACAAGCCGGAUGAAGCGCGGAGGAUCAGGAGACAGGCUGACACUAAGCCUGAAGACGUAGAAAGCAUUUUGCUGAAGUUCAGAGGUGGUAAGAAAAUAACGAAUAAUGAUGGUACCAACAAGGAUAACAAAGAUAUGAAGGUGGAGCAGCUUGUCGACGAGCCUGAAGUACAGAAGCCGGUGGAGCUGGAAGGCGAGCAGCAGCAGAACGUGAUAGAGGAAUCAGACACAAAGUCCGAAGAUCAGCAGGUGACUCCGAAGAGUCCUCUGCCCACAGAAGUGUCAGACGAAGAGAAGGGACCCAUCAUUGUGGUUGCUUCAGGACCGAUAUUUGUUCACGAUGCGCUGCCAACCCCUGCACAAAAGGAAGAGCAAGUACCGCCAACAGGUAAAGGGACAGUUGUCGAAGUCGACAUAACACAAACAGAGAGUGUACUCAUCGAAGCUUCCCUGGCAGACGAAUCCGCGGAGGAGCACAUGGACGAAUCUUUCUCCGGGGUUGAAGUAGCCGGUGAAGCUGAGGAACAGAGCGCGCCCGCGCAGACCAGCGGAGGCCAGGACGACGCAGCCGAGACGGCGAAUCGCCCCAUAAUCUUCCCCGAAGACCCGCAGCCUCCGAACCCCGACCCGACGCGAAGUCUCAUUAACGAGAGGGGGAUGGACGAAGGAUAUCCCAUCAGCUCUGGCCAGGACGCGCCGAGUGGGGACCCAGGGUCUGAGGGGACGCUACCACCGGCCUCCAGCAUCAUCUUUCCGGGAGAUGACACGCCUGCAAGUGACACUAACGGUGCGGAGUCCUUCGCACGUGAAGAGGAAGGGCCAGAUGAGCCUCCAGUAACCACGGUGCAGACGGUGGCGCUCGUACCUGUCAUCAGAGAUGCCAUGCCGGAAGGAGAGGAGGACCUAACUGACAUGGAAGUGAAUCCUGAAAUAAACGAAAUUCAAGACACGGAUGAUGCACCUGAAGCUGGGGAAAUGGCCGAUAAACCUAAGAUGGACACGACUGGUAUGUCAGAGAAGCCUGCAGACGAAGAGCCGGCAGAGGAAGCUAGGACAGAUGACGUGGCGGAAAAGCCUGCAACGGCAGAUGCGACAGAGAAUUCUUCAGCGGAAGACACGGUGGAAGAACCUGCAGCAGAAGAUGCGGCAGAAAAGCCCACAGGAGAUGAAACAGUAGAAUCUACCAUAGGGAACACCGACAGCAGAUCAGAGGAGGGGGCAGAGGGUCCAGCAAUAAACUUGGGCUCUGAAUCCUCAACAGAAAAAGAAACCCCAGUGACAGGGGCCAAACCCGAGACACUUUCUGACCCCGCCCCUGCCCAGCACAGUGAUGCCGACGGCCAAGCGGGGAGGCAGCCCCUUAUCUCGCAGAUCUUCAAAGGCUUAUUCGGGUAACUGGUCGUGUUGCCAGAUCAUUGUCUUUUCGUAUAUCAAGAUGUCUAGCACUUGAAAUCGAAUUAUUUAUUUGAGAUAGAUAGUAGUAUGAAUUCCAUAUGCACUUUCGAUGUCAUAUGGCACUUUUCCAAGACGAUUUUUUUUUUUUUUUCGAGAUAGAAAGAUCCUUUGAACCAUUAGAAAGAAGUUUACUUUUUCGCAGAAUGUAUUUCCAUCACACCCAGUACAAAGUAAACGUUAUAAUAUAUUCGUCAGUUAUACUGUGUCAUCAGUAGAUUAAUCGAUGUUGUUGGAAAUGCCAUUAGAUUUACAUAAUGAGAAAGACAAAACUAGCAUAGAUUUCAAGUUAAAAAUCAUGAUAAUGAUUAAUAAACGAAUAAAUAAAAUGAUUAAACGGAACUGAAAUGAAAUAGAAAAUGACCUGUAGAGGUCAACCAGAUUUUUAGUACUCUCUUUUUUCAACGUGGAGUAUAUGAUUACUGUAUAUUCAGGUAUACUCGUAAACACAUUCAUGCUGUAUUGCAAUAAUGGAGCCUUAUUUGAACCGCAACGUGUAACAUGCCAAGCUUCUUCAGGACUAGCCUUUACCAACGCCAAUCCGAUAUCCUCCGUCUAACAAAUGCAAAUGAUAAUACUAGAGAUAAAAUCCUCAAUAGGUAGUCAUUCUUAGCGUUUAGUGUCCGAUAUGUACAUUUUUCAAUCAUAUGAAACUGUAUUCUGAUAAGCUUUGAUGUUCAAGUAUUUUUCAAACGUAUGUUUCACUUUUUCUUUCUUCCUGUGAUGUUUCAUGUUCCUUGUAAACACUUUUAUGUAAUGUUCAACAGACAGUUGUUUGAACUGGAGUUAAUAUCUUUAAUAACGCACGUAAGCAAAUGUGUUCUCUUUUUCUCCUGGACCUUUUCCUUUCUCUCUCUCUUUCUUAUUCUGACUUUUAUCAUUUUUUUCCUUCACUUUUCUCCACUUUUUCCUUAAAGCACACCAUUUCCCUUGAGGUUCCCGGCCAUGCACUUCCCUGGCACAAAACACGUGACGAGACGCAGCAAGCCAUCGACACCCGAAACAAACAACAGACUUACCUUUUUCUUUUGGAAAUAACACCGUACUGCCUUCUUUUUAUAUAACCUUGAAAGCCAGCACUUCCUCCCGAUACAUGGUCUUUCACGUAUAAUAAUGAAGAAGCUUUCACUCUUAUUACUGUUCAGUCCUACCUGCCUUAGAGUCACGUAGACAGUGUGCAUACCCGUGUCCAAAGAUUAACAGCUCAUGUGUGUUUAUCAACAAUACCCCCCCCCCCAGAUGUAUACUUUUUGUCCACAAUGCUCAUGCCCAUGUGAUAAAUUGAGAAACUUCUGUGAAUUUUUCUAGAUGUCACAAAUCCAGCCAUCAUCUUAUAGCUGUUAGGACGUAGCUAGUGGAAGGUCCUCGGAGACAAGAGGUAACAAAAUACGUCAUCAGCCGACCGUUCUAUCGUAGUUGCCCUAAGGUAACCAUACCCCUUUAGCGUCUAACGUACGAUUGGCGUUAAUAUAAUGUAAUGUGCAGUUCUUAAAAUGCAUGCGAAAUGUGAUCUGCCAUGAGCUAGAUGAAUGAAUUAGACCAUUUGGAAAGCGUCUUUAUAUAGGCAUGUUAUAGAAUUUUAAACAUAUGAAAGGGUUUGGCCCUACUGGGAAGAUGGCGUCAUCAGUCCUCCGAUAUUUAACGGACUAAAAAGCUCAAAAACUUGUUCCGCCUUCCUAUGUGUUGAGUUUUUUGUAUAUAAAUUCCAUACCUGUAUGAUGUGAAUUUGUAUUAUAUCUUAGUAAACACGUUAUGUAUUGAAAUAAAUCAUAUAUAGUUUACAGUGUCAGUGAAUGUAAUUCUUUGAAAAUAUUUAUCAAUGUAGCACGAAAUAUGUGUGUUUCAGAUAUAUACUAAACACAAAUAUAUAUAUGCAUGUGUGUAUAUGUAUUUAUAUGUGUAUAUACACAUACAUAUGUUUAUGUAUCUGCGUGUGUGUGUGUGUGUGUGCUCGCGCGUCUGCGUACGCGCCUGUAUGUGUGUGUGUGUGUGUCUAUAUCAGGUUGUGUGUCAGUGUUUAAUAAAUGCGUAAGGCGGAAAUCUUAUAAGAAUGUAUUAAACACACUAA